GUUUGAGGGAAGGUGGAGGGACGAGAGCGUCUGCGCACGCGUAGGAAGCGAAGGCGCAGGAGAAUCCUCUCAGAAAACACAAAGUCUGGAAAAAAAAGUGUAGCGGCAGACUCCGCGCCUCGACGCGGCGUUGGCUGUGUUGUCGGCAGCGGCGCCCAUGAGGCACAAGAGGAGAACAUUCUCACCAGACCAAGCCUUAAAAUGGACAGUUACUUUAAAGCAGCAGUUUCUGACUUAGACAAACUACUUGAUGAAUUUGAGCAAAAUGCAGAUGAACUUGAAGACAAUAGAGGUGUAAAUCCACAUGAUUCUAAGCACCAUUUACUUUCUUCAGAAUUAGAUCAGCAGCAGCAAAAAUUAUUGGAACCAAAUGUGCAAGAGAAUAGUUGUGUUGCCACUACAACAGAUGAACUCUCAUUAUCAGUUCAGACUACAAAAGUUGCAAGUUUUGAACAAAAUGAGAAAAAUGUCACUGGGCUAGAUCUUCUGUCUAUGGUGGAUGGUGGUUCUUCAGAAAAAAGCCACUCUUCUUCCCUGGGACGAUGCAGUAUACCAGUCUGUGACCUUAUUAGUGAUACAGGUAGCUUGGGCCAUGUAAAAAGUAAUUCCGAGUGUGUUCAAAAGUUGCAGCCGGGUGACUUCCAGAGCAGUAGGGAUUCUCUUAUAGGCUUUGAUUUAGCAUUGGUGCCAGCUACUGCUUGUAAUUUGUCAGUUGAUUGUAGUACUGAUUCCCGUACAGAAUUACAGACUGAUGGAGAGGCAGUGUUGUGCAGCACAGACGAUAAUGCAACAGAAAAUGUGAAUCAACUGGUACAAAUGACAGGCAGCUACACUGAAGCAAAUGUUGUGGACUCUGUUACUCAAGAAAGGACAGCAGCUUUGAAUAAUGAAGUAUUCGAUCAGUUAGAACAAAUUAUAGCACUUGAUAGGACCUCAGCUUUAAUAAUGCAACCUGUUUCUAAUGCACACAGUUCCAAAGAUGGUGCACUGUGUGAAAAGUUGCCUUGUGAACCAUUAGUGGAUGAAAAUACAUAUUGUGCAAAAAGUCAAAUGAUAUGUAGAGAAAGUGGCAAACAAGCCAUUUCGGACUAUGAUAAAAUUGAAUCAGUCACCUCUAACCCACCAAAGAUGUGUGAUUUGAAUAAAAACAGUUUAGUGUUAGCUAAUGCCUUGCUUCCAACCGAACAUAUGCUAGUUUUAGAUAAAGCACCAAGCACUGAGGAAAAACUGUGUAAUCCAGGACAAAAUACCCAUCAAGUUUUAAAUACUGUUUCAGCACCAGAAGUCUCUGAAGAUUUACAGACUUCUUUGUCUUGUCUUCCCCUUGCUGUAUCUAUAUGUGGGUCAUUUGUUACAAGCGAAGACAAAAAUGGACAGAUGGCUCAGGAUGACACAGCAGAUGUCAUUAGUGACAUAACUAUGCACAUAGAAAGACAUCAGGCUGGUCUUCCCAAGUGGGCAUUGCAUGAAAGAAGAGAUGCUUCUGAACAGGAAAAAAUUCUAAGCACAGCCAGCCGUUCGAGUCCAGAAGAACCUUUUACAGAAAGGGAGAAGCUGGACAACACUGCCAGUAAAUCUGAUCUUCCCAGUCAACAAGAGUUUGCUGCUACUUUUAGUUGUUCUUUAGAUGCAACUAUGGAAGCACGCAGCGGCAUCCUGCCCACUGACAUUGAUGAUAGAGCUUCAGUUGAUUUAGGUAUAGAGGAAGACAUUACUGAAAAUGACAUGCUAGUUAGUGAUGCUGAACUCGAUGCUUUCUUGUCUGAGCAUUGUCUUCAGUCUAGUAGUUUAAAGCCACUGAAAGAUGAUACUGAUGAUGAACUUCUGGAUGUGGGUCAAGACAACGCGGUAGAAGCUCAGAAACUUAAUAACAAAAGUGAUUGUUUACAGAUAGAAACAAAAUUUAAGCAGGUGGAAGCCGCUUCUGCUGAUAAUUAUAUAGUAUCUGGUUCUGAACCUAAAAUGGGAAUUCUAGCUGAAAAAAGCACAUUGCAGGUUCAGAAAGAGACAUCAGAUGACAUAAAUGAAACUAGGGCUGGCGUUUCAGAUCUUUUAAAUAACCAACAGAUUGUGCACAGUGGAGGUGCAAGGCCAAAACAGUUGCUAAACCUUCCACCCAAAGCCAAAAGCUGCUCCAAUUUUAGUAGUCCAAAUAUGCUUGAGAGUGAACCCCAGGGAAUGAAUUGCACAGUCCCAAAUACCUCUCUCUCUGGUGGGAGACUUUGUCCUGAUUCAAGUUCCAAUUAUAAUUACGUUGAUACACAGAACUUCUUGGAAGGCCAAGUAGGGAGCGUUGCUUCAGUUGCCUCAGAACCUGCUAAAGUAGUGGAACAAGAUGCAGUUCUGGGACAGAAGCAGCCCUCCUGGGUUCCUGAUUCGGAAGCACCAAACUGCAUGAAUUGCCAAACCAAAUUCACAUUUACGAAGAGAAGACAUCAUUGUCGUGCAUGUGGAAAAGUUUUUUGUGGUCCCUGCUGCAACCGAAAAUGCAAACUCCAGUAUAUGGAUAAAGAAGCAAGAGUCUGUAUCAGCUGCUAUGAAUCUAUUAACAAAGCACAGGCAUUUGAAAGGAUGAUGAGUCCAACUGCUCCUAAUUCUGGUAUAUCUGGAAAUUGUUCGACUGUUCAACCUUUGCAAGAAGCCCAAGCGUCUGGCGUGUGCCCUAAAGAACAAAGAAGAGUUUGGUUUGCAGAUGGUAUUUUGCCCAAUGGGGAAGUUGCCGACACAACAAAAUUGUCUUCUGGAAUCAGGAAAUCCCCACAGGACCUUCAUCCAGUUGAAAGCCCAGCCUGUGCAAGUGAGAUUAGACCAAAGGAUGGAAUGCAUGUAGCUGGGAAAACUGAGACCUUGGGUCAUUCUGCUUCAGAAAGCAUCACGUGUUCCACUGAAGGACAAGCUGAGCAGUUGUGUGGUUCUGACUCUGUGAUUCCUCCUGCUAUCGGAUUCCCUACCGUUGUUGAAGCUUCUGAGUCUCCUGUUCCUUUUGCAGCUAAUGAAACUAAUGAAGUGCCAGUUAGUCCUUUAGAUUAUGGGAUGCUCUGUGGUAUUGAAAAUUGUGUUAGCAAAGAGAUCAGCCUUAUUCCUGAGGAUGAUGGAUUACCACCUCUUCUGCUUGCAAGAGGAGGAAAAGGAGAACAAUCCUUAGUGGAAGAACAGCCUUCUCACAAGCAAAUUGCCUUACUACUUGAAGAAUCUAAUCCACUGACAUUUAUCCUAAAUGCAAAUUUACUUGUGAAUGUUAAGAUAGUAUCUUAUGGUUCAGAAAGGUGUUGGUACUUCUCAACCAAUGGGCUGCAUGGCUUGGGACAAGCAGAAAUUAUUAUAUUAUUAUGCUGUUUGCCAAAUGAAGAGGAUGUUCCUAAAGAAAUCUUCAGAUUAUUUAUCAACAUAUAUAAGGAUGCCAUGAAAG